AUGGGUGCCAGCGCUUCAGCCCUCGUCAACCCCACCGCCCCCGAGGCCGUCAGCGACCCCAAGCUCCGCGAGCAGCUCGACGUGCUCCUCAAGCUCACCGAUGCGCGCCUCGAUGCGUACCAGAAGGAGCUCGAGAUGAUGUUCGUCGACGGCGACAGCGCGGCGAAGCGCACCGUCCCCGGCAAGCGCGCUCUGCGCUUCAGCCGCUACGUCGGUGUCGAUGUCGGGAACAAGUCGCGCUACACCGCGGUCGAAGGCAGCGAGGAAGUCCGUCACCCUGUCUUCCUCGGAGUCGAAGACGUUGUCUGCAGGUUCUUCGGCAUUCCCGUGGCCGACCUCGGAAAGGCCGAAGACAAGCGUGCUCUCGCUAUUCGCGGUUUCGCUUCGGUUGUGAGCAAUGGUCUGCAGGCCAUCCUCGAGAACACGUCCUCCGGCGAGAACACGGAGAAGAAGUUCUUCGUCUGUAUCCACCACAACGCGGUCAUUCGCAUCGACGUGAUGACCUACCGCUACAACUUCACCAAGUUCGACUCGCAGACCGGCGCGCAGACCAGCACCGCCCAGACUCCCGGCUCCACGAGCGCCGCGGGCGCCGCGAGCGUGACGAUGGUCGGCAGCUACGAGAACAUCUUCGGAUACGUCUACUGCAUAUCCGUCGUGGACCACCGCGAGGUCACGGACGACGAGAUCGUGUUCCUCGCGAGCGAGUUCGCCGGCGACAGGCUCGACGAGUUCGGCGCCUACCUCGACCAGCUCAUCGCCGUCUGGGGCAAGCUUCGUAUCACCGGCCCCUUCCAGCCCUGA